AUGCCAAACACCACAAGAAGAAACCAGGUCCUGAAAAUGAGCUCCAUGAACAGCCCCUGGAAGGAUAAUGCCUGCUGUACUGCCAACACGAGCUGGGAAAUUCACAUGGAUGCAUCUCCUCUGUACAACUUCAACUUCAGGCAUUGUGGUGUGAUGACCCCCAGCUGCAGGAAGCACUUUAUACAAGAUGCCUGCCUCUAUGAGUGCUCCCCAAACCUGGGGCCCUGGAUCCAGGAGGUGAGCUCAAGUUGGCGGAAGGAGCGUGUCCUAAACGUGCCUCUGUGCCAAGAAGAUUGUGAAGAGUGGUGGGAAGACUGCCACACCUCUUUUACCUGCAAGUCUGACUGGCACAAAGGCUGGACCUGGAGAUCAGGUAAGAACCACUGUCCUGCCCUGGCCCUCUGCCGCCCUUUCCCUCACUAUUUUCCAUCUCCAGCUGACCUCUGUGAGAAGAUCUGGAGCAGCUCUUACAAGGCCACCAAGGAGCGGCGGGGUAGUGGGCGCUGCAUUCAGAUGUGGUUUGACCCCUCCCAAGGCAACCCCAAUGUGGCAGUAGCCCACCUCUAUGCAAGCCACGCCAUUUCCCAGCAGCUCCCGCUCAUCAUGUUCUUAGCUCCCCUCCUACUACUUGCUCUCUAA